AUGCACCGUGUCUCUGCUAUCUUCAUGACUUGCCUUCUUCUGGCUACCGCUGCCCCUACCGCUCCUGAGAACAGCAAUGCUUGUCUCUCUAUGUGUUUGCAGGAGAAGCCUGCUUGUGCUAGUGAUGAACGACCAACUGGCUCUGAGGGCUGCUGGGGUUGCUGCCAGAAAAUCGAAGCAGCUGUCCCUGUCCAGAGGGAUACAUGUCUCUCCAUGUGUCAACUAGAGAAGCCUGUUUGUGCUAGCGACGAGCAACCAACCGGCUACGAGGGCUGCUGGGGCUGCUGCCAGAAAGUCGAGCCAGCUGCCCCUGUCAAGAAGGACAUGUGUCUCUCCAUGUGUCUGACGGAGAAGCCUGCUUGUGCCAGCGAUGAACACCCAACUGGCUCUGAGGGCUGCUGGGGCUGCUGCCAGAAAAUCUGA